GAUUUAAGGAGCUGUCGCUACCCAGCGCCGCUCAGUUGGAGCCAAGCCGUCUGGGGCAAAAGGCACGAGAGCCUGCCCCAGGGGAAGGUGGGGGCGGACCCCCGCCCGCUUUUGCUGCGCCUUCCCAACACCAGCCCCGGUUCUUCCCAGUGCCAGAUCGUCCCCUUUCGAGGCGGCGGUGGGAAGCCAAACUUAACGGCAAGUCCAGCGGGGCAGGCUGGCAAGCGCCUUUUCGGUGUCGACGCCCGGCCGUCCGGAGAAAGGCCGUGACUCAGCACUUUGUGUGUGUGGGAGACCCCCUGCCCACCCCAUUUUCCCGGAUUGACAGCCAGCGCGGGAGAGUUUGCACAGAGCUUCCCCCGUUUGCGCCUCUUCUUCUCGCUUCCACUGGGGAUGAAGAAGUAACAAGAAGAAGUUCCGUCUCUGCCAUACCAGGAAUCUUAAGGAUAAAAGAAGUGAGUUUGACAGCGCUUAUGGAAAAUUUCCUUGGACUCCAAGGUUCCUGGGACUGAGGAAAUACCCACAGAUUUCCAAAACUAGUAUAUCAGGUGGCGAUUUUGUUCCAAGUUCCUCUGGGUCAUCAUGACUGGGAAAAUGGCCUCUAGCCUGACUUGUACCGGAGUGAUCUGGGCCUUGCUUUCCUUCCUUUGUGCUGGAGCCUCCUGUGUGGGUUUCUUCAUGCCUUAUUGGCUGCUGGGUUCUCAGCUGGAGAAACCAGUCUCUUUUGGCACUUUCCGGAGAUGUUCCUAUCCUGUUCGAGACGAGAGCCGCCAGAUUACAGUAAUGGUGGAGCAGUGUGGACGUUACGCAUCCUUCCAGGCCAUUCCAAGUGUGGAAUGGCAGAUCUGCACAGUGGUGACCGGUUUGGGCUGUGGCCUCCUCCUUCUAGUGGCCCUCACUGCACUUAUGGGAUGCUGCGUAUAUGAGCUGAUCUCCAGGACGGUGGGCAGGGUGGCUGGAGGCAUCCAGUUCUUGGGGGGUUUGUUGAUUGGUUCUGGGUGUGCUCUCUAUCCUCUGGGCUGGGAAAGUGAAGAAGUCAGACAAGCCUGUGGCGAUCUUUCCGACCAGUUUGAACUAGGCACCUGUGAGAUUGGCUGGGCUUACUAUUGCACAGGAGGAGGAGCUGCAGGGGCAAUGUUGAUAUGCACUUGGCUGGCCUGUUUCUCUGGCAAGAAACAAAAACAAUAUCCUUAUUAAAGCCAGAAGGAAACAGAACAAAACAAACCAGUUUUGGGGAAGGGGGCGGGGGCGGGGGAACAGUUCGUAUGUUUUCUUGAGAGGAUGCAUUAACUCUUUAUUGUAGCCAGAUAAAUGCAAAGGAGAGAGUCAGUGAAGUUGGAACUGAUGUGUGAUACUGUGAAUAGGAAGGAGGCUCUCUGGGUCUUAAGAAUCUCAGACUGAGAAUCUUAAGGAGGCUAGGUUCUAACUGUAUUCUUCCUAGCCGCUUAUGGGUAUUGUCCAACCACAUGAAGUAUCCCCUCAUGAAGAGUGAGGAGAAGCAAUGGGAUUUUAGCACACAAAAGAGUUAAAGAACGUUGUCUUCAAACACCAGGGAUUGGGCCUUAGAAAAGUUUCUCAGCAAAUAUAUUUGAGAGGAAAGGGAGCGUUUCUUCCCCCUUUGUAACCUGCUUGUACUGUGAGCAAGUGUCAAUUUUCUUAGAAGUGUGGCUAUCACUUGCGUAUCUAUAGGGGAGAUUUGUUUUUAGGCCUUAAUGCAGUUUGUCUUUAACGGCAUCACGGCAUCACGGGCUGGCAGAGUACCAGAGUAUGAUUUUAAAAAAAAAAAUUUUUUUUAAUCUGAAGUAAUCAGGGGCCUUCUUUGUGAGACUUUUUGAAAGCACAGCUUCCUGCAUUUGCACAGACACUUUUCCCUCAAGCAUACACAACAAAUGUUAGCCUCAUGGAUCAGGUUUUCUUAAAAAAAUGUACAGCCUUCAGGUAUUUGACCAAUCUGCCUGUAUGUGUGUGCGUGUGUGUAAAACAAAGCAGUUUGAGUAGUAAAUUGCUGUGGCAGUUACUGUUACUCAGGCAAAUUUCUAAAGCCAAUAUAAAUCUUGUCACCUCUGCCUAAAAGCACAGAAAUCCACUCCAGAUGCUUCUUUGUCUUCACCUAAGCAUGUUACCACCUCAUCAUUUCAUUUACAGAUUACAUGCACAUUUGGCCAAAUUACCUAUUUUAUAAAAGCCUGGGUAGGUGAAAUACACCUGUUUUUUCAAAUGAAAAGAAAAACAGAUUUUAAUGGAUAGUUGGGAACAGUAAGUUGGUGGGUGUAGAAUGAAUUCAAGACCACACAAACAUAUUCUUCAGCUUCCAAAUGCCUCCUCGAGGCAGAUUUUCACAUCAGAAAUAUAUGUCAUAUCACGCACCUAUAGAGUGAAGUGUGAUCAGCCCUAUAUUUCAUACUAUUGUACACAUUCAAAAGACUUUUCAUCCAAAUGUACAAAGCUACAUACAUCGUUCCAAUGUAUCUUUCCUUGAACUUCCUUUCCCUAUAUACAUUUAAAAUAUUUAUUAAGAUUUUUUAAAAUAGAUUUAAAGACAAAUUUAAAAAAGGAAAGAAAUGCAAGAGAAAAAAGGAGGGGAAAAACUAAAUUUAAAGAAUAUAUGAAUGAUUUCUGACUUUCUUUUCAACAGAUAAUUAUAAUCUUAAUAUCCUUCCUCCCUCUUAUAUACUAUAUGAAUCUUCAGCUCAUUUAAUCUAUCUUUUUUAAUCUUCACCAAUAUAUUUUCCCUUGAACUUUCAUUUUUAUCUACAAUCAAGCAUACACGCUCUAUGCCUUUUUCUUAAGCAUAGUACACACAAAUCUCCCUCAUCAGGAAAUUAAAACAAGACAAAGGGAACAUUUCCCCUCCAUUCCAAGCUUUCCCUCUUCCCCUUCCCCCGGAGAGAAUUAACACAGGUUAUAAAUAUGUUCUUUUCUCCUCUUUCCUUCAUAUAUUCAAUACUGGGCAGGACAGCAGGGAAAGUGCCACUACCUCUGGGGCUGCUCAUAACUCUCAUGUGAAGGGAAGGGUUGCACAAUCGCACUGCAAUGCGAAAUCUGUUUUACGUGGACGGAGCACACCUAUUUCGGUGAUGCACAAGGCCACAAAGGUCAGGUCACCACUUUCACUGGGCCAGUUUUAUUUCUUUGCAACUACUACAUUCUCUGCAUAUCUUAUCAUUGCUAAGGGAUGCAAAGGCUACAACCGGAAUGUUCCAACCCGAAUAUUUCAGAAGGGAUCGAAUCUGCAAACAGUAUUUGAGUUGGAACAUUCAGAGGCAAAAGGCUUUGCCUCUCCCACUCUACUGCAUUAUGGGGAAAGACCCCUUAAUACCAGUACUGUGGAGUAAAGCAAUUGCAAUAAGUACUCUGUGCACUUAGUUUGGGUUUGUGUGUGUGUGUGUGCGUGUGUGUGUGUGUGCGCGCGCGUGUGUGUGAUAAAUUCGAAUUUCAGUAUUAUGCCACAUUUUAAACAAACAACUCUAAUGGACUUACGGGCCAUUUUUUUCCAGUAUUUUAUAUAGUGUAGAUGUGAUCUCAAGUUUUAUUGUCAUUUUUGGAACUGUAUCGAUUUUAUUAAUCUCAACAUUUGCAAUGUUAUUAAAAAUGCAAUAUUAUACUCAGCAUAUGUAGCCUUUUAGUUAAGAAUAUUCUUACAAAGGGACACUUCUGUCCAGUGACACUAAUGUGUAUGGCACAGUAGAAUAUUACUACUUAUGCAAGAGCGAUGAAAAGCAUCUUCCAGGUUUUAUUACUAAUACUGUUAGUAAUUAUUGUUGUAUUGUGCUGUAUUGUUUAUUUUAAUAUUCAUUUUUAUAAUGCAAUAUAAAAUGUACUAUUUUGUUA